AUGACCACCAACUUUGUCUCGGACGAAAUGCAUAGUCCAAUUGAAGACGAUAUUAACGCUUCAACUGCCGAAGCGGUAGAGUUUGAGAGUUCCCAAUCGUUGAUAAUGCAUCCAACAGCUCCAGAAAACGAGGCUCAUGCAGAAGCAGAAUCGGGUAAUGAGCAUCGCGGAGCUCAAGCAGCUUCGUUGACUGGGUUAUACAUAUCGCAUUUCUUGUCAACAUGGAAUGCUAGGACCUAUGAAUUUGCGGCUGUCGUAUUCACUGUUGAGGCCUUCCCGAAUACACUUCUUCCAGCGUCGAUUAGGUUAGUGCUCCCGCCGCAUGAUACAUCUAAAUCUAGCGAAAUAUAUCAAGAAAAAUGUAAUGGAGAUAUCGUGGUUGUUUAUCACUGA